AUGGCCGCUGAAGAGGACUCCAUUGAACAAGUAGUUGCAGCACGUCAAGAGAGGCUAAGAGCCCUUAAAGCUGCGCAGGAACUGUUAAACACUCCAGAUGAGGAUUCCUCUCUAGUUGACUCUAAUGCUGACGAAGACAAUGAAACUAGUGAAGAAACCAUGAAAUUCCGAAAUUAUGUUCCUCAUGAUAAGAAGCUUCAGGAGGGAAAGCUUGUUCCACCAGUCCUACCAAAGUUUGAAGACCCUGUUGCAGCAGUACCUCCUCCCUCAGAGAAGAAAGAGGACCCGUUUGUGAAUAUUGCUCCUAAAAAACCAAACUGGGAACUUCGCAGGGAUGUGCAGAAGAAGCUUGAUAAGCUUGAAAGGCGAACCCAAAAGGCAAUGUGUAAACUUAUGGGAUCCCAUGCCGAGGACCUGGACCUCUGGCCAUGGAUCCUCGUCCCGAGAACUGGGUACCCGGACCAGGGUCCCAGAGCUAAGAGGAACAAGAGAAGCAAAAGCAAUUGGAUGAAGAUGGCAGAAAUGGUGCAGAAGACUAAUAUGGCCAACUGCAAAUUGGCAUCAUGUAACGAAUGGCAUUAG